AUGAUCAUCGUCGAGUUCCUCGAAUCCAAGGCACGCGUGAGGACCUUGCGCGCCCUUUCUCGGUGUUCCCGCCCCCUCGCUUGCUUAUGCCAACGGGUCCUCUUCAGGGAUCUCCAUAUUUCCCGAGGAUAUCGUGGAUUUCUGUUACGUCGAGCUGGUGCACUCGCGCGCCUAGAAGACGCCUUCACCCAGUCCCCUCAUCUCGCCACGUAUGUGCGCAAAGUACGGUAUGCGAUCGAUGAGGAGGAUUCGGAGAACACGACGGUUCAGUGGAUCCUAAACCAGCUCACUGACAGUCUUUCCGACGUCAAGGUUGAAUACGUUUCCAAGAUAUCAAGCAUGCCAUACCUCGACUGGGACACCCUCGAUGCCCGACUGCGCUCGUCCAUCAUGCACGUCGUCGAGUCACCUCGUCUCAAAACCCUGUCUCUCUCGUGGAUCAAGAACAUGCCUAUGUCGAUUUUCGUAUCCCUGUCCUCGGAUCUCACCACGGUGAAACUCGAGGGUGUCGAGGUGAAAAAUGAGCAGGAUUCCGACGAGAUCGAAAGUACAAAUCCUGGCAGUCCUCCAAGGCAAGUAGACCUUUCGCAGACGACGAGGCGACUCCCUCAUAUCAAGAGUCUGCAUUACUACGAUCACGACACAGGAGGCGUGUUAGCCUCCCACCCAUUCGUAUUUGACUUCGAGGAGCUUCAGUUCCUCCAGAUCAGCUGGGGAAACGUGCCCCAAUGUGCGUUGGGCAGAAAACUCAUCAAGGCGGCGAACAGACUCGAAGGUCUAGCGUGCGCAGUUGACUCUCCGGAAAAAUCGGCCACAGGACUCGCGAAAGCGAUGCUGGACUACGGUUUGAAUGUUAGCCUGACAUCACUGAUGGUCGGCCUCUCCCACAAAACGACCUCACCAACGAUCCCAGACCCCGACGAGGACGAUCUGUUUCUAGGGCUCAUCGAAGAAUUUGAGCUCCUUGCGGGCAAGAAUGCCGUGAAGUACCUCAUGGUUCACUUCGACACCACACAGGAGGCACACGACAUGCUCACGGGCUGCCUGAGCCGGUUCGACGAGGUCAUCACUCGCGAGGCCUUCCCGCACCUUGAGCGCUUCGAGUUGGAAAUCUGGGUUCAUUACUCAGGGCCGAAUUACGCGCCAUACGGAUCGGGGUUAGAAGACUGCUGGGCAGAGCGCAACCGCGCUCAGUGCCAAGGAGUGUCUGCGAUACCAGGGCUUAGAUUUGGGUGUCAAGUAGAAAUUAUGUGUGCUCAUGAUUAG